AGACCAUCAGUCAUCAUCAUGAGUCCGAAGAGUAUCUAUCCCGGGUGGGCACCGCGCACCCGCGGCCCGCGGUCUCUCGGGCCGCGCCGCCGCUGUCCGCGCAGCAUCGGGCGUUGCUUGCUGCUCAUUUGGCAGCCGCCGCCAGCCGCUUGGCUGGGAAACGUCUUACGCACAGGGAUAUAGCGGCUCGCAACUGCGUGCUGACUUCCACUCUGACGCUCAAGCUGUCUUACCCGGCGCUCUCAAGGGGACCCGACUCGCACGAGUAUUACAAACACCAUGAACAGGUGAUCCCACUGCGUUGGUUGCCCUCCGAAGCUGUGUUAGAGGGAGACUACUCCACCAAGUCCGACGUAUAUAUGUUCGCAGCUACGGUCUGGGAGAUCUACACAAAAGCAGAGCUUCCGUUCUGCAAGCUGAACGACAACUCUGUGCUGGAAAGACUUAAGGCGGGCUCGCUGGACUGGCCGAUCCCGGAGUCGAUGCCCGAAGCGCUCGCCGACUUACUCAAACGUUGCUGGAGCAAGUCACCAGCCGACAGGCCGCAAUUCUCCGAAAUUUGCGAGGAGACGGCCGCCAUAUUGCAAAAGAUCACUACCGACAGCGCUGCGCAAGCUUCGACGGAAAAAGAAGAAAAUGAACAAUAGGUAUGCAUUACAAAGAUAGAGACAGAUUUAGUAUGACAGACUUAUGCCCGUUUUCACCAUCAAUUCAUUAUUUUUAGG